AAAGUGCUUCGCAAUAAAAGACAACGCGAAUAGAGACAAAGUAUAAAAAAAUAAAAUAGAGAUAAAAAUUCAAAAAGAGCUUAAUAAUAAAAACAAAAGGGAUGGUAGAGACUGUGGGGCGGUACACAGGCUGCCAUUACACGACCCUGACAAGCAUUGCUCAGGGAAUCCUGGCUCCGGUCUCUCCAGCUCCUCACCUACUUCCUGUUUUACCUCAGCUACUUUUUUAAGUUCAGAUUGAGGCAGCGGAUUUGAGAAGGAGCAAACGCUGGAUAGACACGGUGUCAUAAAUUACCUUUGGAUCAUAAAAUGGCGUUUGUCAGCGGAAUUCGCGAGCAGCCUGAAAUUCUUCUUACGAGCUAGGCCGCGCUUCUUUUCUACGGUGAAUAGAGAGAGAGAGGGAGACAGGGAGGGGGGAAAAAAGCUCCCCUGUAGCAGGACCCGAACCAGCAAUACCAUGCCCGAGGUAUCGAAGAUGAAGAAGCCCGACGUCAAGGUGGUCCUCCUGGGAGACAUGAACGUGGGGAAGACGUCGCUGCUCCACAGGUACACGGAGAGGAAGUUCAAAGACACCAUCAGCACCGUCGGAGGGGCGUUUUUCCUCAAGCAGUGGGGACCUUACAAUAUCUCAAUAUGGGACACUGCUGGUCGUGAACAGUUCCACGGGUUGGGCUCCAUGUACUGUCGAGGAGCAGCCGCUGUUAUCCUCACUUACGAUGUUACUAACUGGCAAAGCUUAGCUGAGCUGGAGGAGCGCUUCCUGUCCCUGACUGAUACUGCUAACCAUGACUGCAUUUACGCCAUAGUGGGCAACAAGGCUGAUCUCACCGACCCCAAAGCCCAGCUGUCCCAGGACUCAGAUGGAGUGUCUGAGGACCACACUGAGUGUGAGGAGGACAGGACAGAACCACAGGUGCUGUCUGCUUGCCCGACACCCCCAGCCUCCCCUGCAUCCCUCUCUGGGAUGAUCCUACACAAACAGGUUACCCGUGAGGAUGCAGUGGCUCUUUAUGGGAGAAUACUGCGCUAUAAGGGCCUGGAGGAAAAGAGCAGCCUGCUUGCAGAGCAGAUGUGCUUCGAGACGAGUGCCAAGACAGGCUACAAUGUUGACACUUUGUUUGAGACAUUGUUUGAUCUGGUGCUGCCUUCCAUCCUGAGGAAGAGAAAUGAGAACCUGGAGUCUCCUACAGUUGACCUAGAGGAGUGCAGGGGGGCGAGCAGCAAGCGGGGCAGAACUGGCUGCUGCUAGGAUCUGCCAGAAAGAGGUGGAGAGGCGGCCACAAGCAGAGGCUUGUUUUUAACAAAGGACAAUCAACAGGUUGGUCUGAGCACCAAAUACAUACUGUGAUGGUACUAAUUAUUUGCCUUGACUGAGACCCAAUAGCUAUAAUGACCUCGCGAUAACACAACACAUACACGUACUAUCUUGAUGCUAUGAAGAUGGUCAGAAAAAGCAACUAGAGUUCAUAGUGUCCAGAGACAUUUCCUGUGUAAGGAAGAGAAACACUGAAACUGCACUUGUAUCCCAAAGAUGUGUCAGUGGGCAAAAACACACAUAAGAAGUCAAUCACUGCUAUUUUUAUAAUUUAAAUUGAACAGCACUAAUUGUUAGUUGGGUGGCACAUUUCGCUGUGUUUAUUAUAGUUGUAUGGUUUUCAUAAAUCACACAUUUUAUUUACUGUAAUGUUCUGUUACCGACAUUGAUACCGAUCUUUAUAUUUUAUUGCCACUUUUGAAACUUUUCAAUGAGUGUAAAUAGUAAAUACCCCUGUCGAAUUUUUACAUAUGCUGUCAUAAUAAAGAUUUUUAUUUUGCA